GAUUGUACAAUAUUGUUGAAGCACGCCAUCCAACUCAUUUAUAAGGCGAGGCAAUUGAAACAUUACUCCAACUGUCCAAACACAACAUGCUCUUCAGUUUUCUCUCUAUUCGUCCAUUCUCUCUCCAGCAGUUUCAGUUCCACCAUUCAGGAAGUCUUUCUAUGGAUGCCUUAGUCAUGGUUGUGGGAAUUCUGUCCCUUUUGACCCUCUUCACUGGGGUACUCAGCCUUGAUGACAGAAAACGAACCCUAAAGAGUAAGCUUGAGUACCUGAGAGCCAGGACAGAUGACAUAGAAAACAUUGAAAGAUCAUCCUUAUUUAAUCGGGUUCAAAGGAGCAAGAAGAGAAAGAAAGAGAAUGAUAUCUGUGUCUGGGUGGUUGAGGCUCGGGAGCUUAUGACAGUAGCAGAAAACUUGUUGACACAGGUUGAAGAAUGUCGGAAUUUCUUAACAAGUGCGAAGAAGAGAAAGAUCAUUGACAAAUUGGUUCACGCACUGGAAGUCCAUGACAAGAAGGGUGAUAUGAUUUACAUACAUGCCUUUUCUGAUGAACAAGGCCUACAUCGUGGCAAUUGUAUACCAGUGAAGAAAGUAACAGGACAAGAGGCAUUAAAUAGUUUGGAGGAACUUCAGAAUCUAUUGAAGGAUGCUAAGGUUGGGCGAGUUGCCAUUCUAGGGAAAGAAGGAAUUGGCAAGACCUUUUUGAUGAAACACUUGCAUAAUUACGCGUUAAAAGUGGUUGAGAAGUUUGAUCAUGUUUUCUGGGUUACUUCCCCUGAGGAGUUCAGCAUAAAAAAUGUGCAAGAUGCUAUUGCGGCUGUGGUAAGGUGUGAUCUUGCUAGUGAUGAUGACUUGAAUGUAAGGGCUAGUAAACUGUCAAAUACACUUGCAGGUCUUAGCAGAUUUUUGCUUUUCUUAGAUGGUGUUCCGAAAGUAGAUUAUUGUUUGAACCAAAUUGGAAUUCCAGUUCCUGUAGAAGGGAGUGAGUGCAAACUGGUAAUAACUACUCCUAGCUCUGCCUUUGAGUGCAGAAUGUUGAAUGGUUUUAAAACAGUUGAACUCGAUCAUCUUUUGGAAGAAGAAGCGUUCGAGUUGUUUAUGCAUGAAGCAAAAAUUGACAUGAGAUGUCCCACUUUGUUUAAUAACAUUCCUAGGUUGCUUGUGAAGAAGUGUCGUGGAGUACCACGUACGAUUGUGAACUUAGCUUCUUGUUUGCGGGGGAUCACUGAUCUCCAUGAAUGGAACAAUACACUCUAUGAAUUUGGGAAACUUGAGAAGCGAAUCAAACUCCCAUCUCAUGUCAUCACUGAUGAAAUAGCAGUGUGACAAUGAAGAAAAUCAACAUGUAAUGUUGAAUGCCUUCUAAGAUUUUCCGCAGUGCUAUAGGGCGAGGCAACUUCUUACUGCCUUGAGGUCAGAUUAACGAGGACAUUAUUGGAGGCAUAGUUCCUUCAGUACCCUGUACGAUAUUCGUCUGUUGCGGACUUGCGGUAAUGUGAUGCUGGCAGACUGCAGGGUAUGUAAAAGUAUCUGGCACUUUAGUCUGUCAGGACUCAGGAUGAACACGAUGAGCUUGGCAGAUUAUUAGUACAGAUUAGGCCUUCAGGACAAACUAAUGAUCCUAAACCCAAGGCUUUUUGUCAAACUGGUUAGAUUAGUUGAUUGGGGGGUGUCAUUGUAUUAAAAAGUAGUUUAUCCAUCACUUUCCCGCUGCAGUGUAAUAUAUUAGCCUUCAAAUUUUUGUUUUCGUA